AUGACAUCACGACCAGUCGCCUACCUCUUUUUUAUUGCGACCAUCUUGCACGGGGGUCACACAUUCUGUCCCGACGGCUUCCCAUGCACGUGCGAAUCGAGAGGAGACAUGUUUCGGGCAAUCAACUGCAUCGGAAGAGGACUCACAACAAUGCCGGAUUUUUCGGAAGUGGACCGAAACGCCUCGAUUCAAAGUAUCAACUUAAUGGACAACAAACUCACGCGAAUUCCGAAUAGUACGUUUGAUGACCUGAGCGUUUUCUCCGUCAUUAUGGACAACAACCCAAUCGAGGACAUAUCGCCUUUCGCUUUCAAAGGAGUCAAGGACCUGGCUACUUUAUCCUUGAGUAACUGCACGUUGACAUCGUGCCCCGUCCUAAAAUCGGCAGACAUGACAAAUCUCACCAGUCUCACGCUAUCGGCGAAUAAAAUAACGACGAUCGCGGACGACGUCUUUGCCGAUCCGCCUCCACUAAAGUUGCUGUCGCUGCGGGGGAACCAAUUGAAGCUUGGUAACCUCUCGGAAAACACGUUUGCGAGGCUCGGAUCCACUUUGGAGAGAAUAGAUCUUUCUGGUGCGGGCCUGGCGGAGAUCCCACAGAAACUUUUCGCGCCAUUGCAGAAACUCCGCGUGAUUAAAUUACAGGACAACAUGCUGGGAUCCGUCGACGCACUCGCCGCCGCAAAGUACUCCGGCGAAAAAAUUUUGAAAAAAAGUUCAUACAAUUUCAAGAACAACCAACUCAACUCCAUCUCCCCGAAAGUGUUUUUGAACCGACCGACGCCGACUACGAUUGACGUGUCCAACAACAAUCUCACCACCUUGGACUUCUUAGCUGAUUAUUGUUUCUUUGAAGGGGCCGAAGUUGUCGCCUACGGGAAUCCGAUAAACUGCGAUUGCGCGCUCUACAACGUCCUCAAGGCGCAGACCCUGGCGGUCCUUGGCGAAUGCGCCUCUCCUGCUGAAUACAAAUCCGCAAAACUACCCCCAGUUUACGCGGAGGGUUUCUUCCUACAGGCGGCCAUGGCGACAUGCAAAGGAGCAGACGAAGAGUUUCGUCGCUAUGAUUGUACUUGCAAUACCUGGCGGAAUUUCACAACAUUUCAAGAGGAGCGUGGAAAGUGUGUUACCAUGGGAUCAGGAAUUGUGAAGCCGAGUUGGGCGUUCUUGGUCAAUAUCAGUGUCAUCUUUGCAAUGGUACUUAUGAAAUAA